AUGAUAAAACUCCGUGACGUAGUUCUCGUUAUUUCAUGGAUUAGCAUACCCACAGUGAUAACAGUUAUUUUGGAGCCCAAAGACAAAAAUAAUUCUGACAAUAUCCAUUCAAGUUCAAACCACAACAAUAAUAAUAACAAUGACAAUAUGGACAGUAGUUUUUCUCGUGUGUUUUCGCAGUGCUUGGAAAAAAAAGUCCACACGACAUUCGAGUGCUUCAAUGAGGGCAGUUUGAGUGUCUUAAGAUCUAUGAAUGAUGAGGAUCAAUUGGAUUUUGGUGAUGUCCAAUUAGACAGAUGUGAGGGUGAAGCUAGAGAUCUACUGGAUCUUGAUUAUGACCCGAAGGAUUUUGGAAAUGUGGUAAAAGCUGCGGCUAGGAUGAUGGAGAGGAGAAAUUUGAAAUGGGACUUGGGUUAUUUGUACCCAGGAUUGAUGAUGAGAGUCGGACCGGCAUUGAAUGGCAAUGGGAUGCUAGAAUUCGCUCUAGAUGGAAGGGCCGCUGGGUAUUCUAAUAGACAACUUGGUCCAGGAAGGAUGAUAAUGAGAAGUGUCGUACUGCCCUUUCUUUUAGGUCUGAAAUUCAGUUUAUCAUCACUCAUACCCUUGGUCUUUGGAAUCUUGCUUGUCGUGACAAAGAAAGCCUUGUUGCUUACGAAAAUAGCACUUAUUAUAAGCGGUCUACUUGGAUGGAAUGCAUUUGUAAACUCACCAAACAUCGGAGGACUUUCUCACGGUUCAUCUUCUGGAUUUCCUUAUAAUUACAAUAAUUUCAAUGGGUUCCAACAUCACUACGGUUAUGAUCACAAUACCAUUAACGACCACCAUUACCCGUAUCGUCCGUACCGAAAUUUGGUCAAAGACGUCGGCGGAUAUAACCAUCAUGUUAUAAAAGAAGUUGUCGAAGUUUAUGACCCUGAAGCCGAUACCCGGCAUGACAGCACUCCUCGAAGCGGAAAAAAUUUUCUGUGGUCAAGGGAAUAGUUUAAUUGAAAGACAAUAUUUUAUUUUUAUUUUUAAAAACAGCUGUUGAUAUUUGUUAUGUUUUUUUUAUGUAUCAGAUUA